AUGGCUCGCCCUAGCUCGAGCGACACCUGCCUGGGGCAGCUCGAAGCCCUAUUCACGUGGCUGCAAGACCCGUCCAUCCGGCACCUCAACAAGAGGAGCCGCGAGAAGGAGCACGCCAAAGGUCGGCUCGACCAGAACACGAACCGCAACCUGAGCCUCGCUCGGACCAACUUUGUCGCAGGGUGGGGCACGCUCUUGCCGUGGGUGCGCGAGGGAGCCGUCGAAACGCUCCUCGCCGCCUACUGUCGCUCGCGCGCCUGCCGCACCUCGUACUCCCACUACGACAAGCUCACCUACAGAACCCUGUGCGGCCCGAUCGGCCGGUUUAUCGAGCAGCGCGAAGCCGAGCUGGCAGCCGAGGAGAACGACGCAUCGCCCUACGUCCAGGUCGUCGAGCUCGUCCGAGCGAUCGAGGUCGCCAGCUCGUACUCGAGCUCGCCCACCGAUCCCGACGCGGUACGACUAUGGGCAACAGCGUUCAUGAGCGCUUCGGGCAUCACGCGGGUCAAGCUCGAGCGGCUCAAGGCGGAGGCCCAGCGCGAUCUCGUCUACGAGGUGCGGGUCGUCCUCGCCGGCGUCAAGGAGUGCAUUCACGCCGGUUGGUCGCUGGACCGCGUCCUCCUGUCCGCCGACAUCGUCUUCUCGCGCGCAUACGCUGCGACGCAGCCGCCCUCAACCCGGUUCGACAAGCUCGUCAACAUUCUCGACUGCCUCAUCAUCCUGUACCGUUCCUCUGCCAACACUGCGGCCGAUGUCGAGCAGCUCGAGAAGGCCCGAGCGCUUCUCGACCACCGCAUGCCCGUCGGCGUGCACCCGGUCGUCCUCACUCGGCGGGUCGGCGAGGUGCAUUUUGCCGGUUUGCCGCUCGAUCAGCAGGUUGCCGCCGUCGAGAACGCGAGGGACCUCCUGUUCAGCAUGUGCCGCGAGCACCACGAGCAGAAGCCCCUGCCCUCGAGUUCAGUCCUUCUCGAGCACUUCUUCGCGGCCCUUCAACAUCCCGAGCUCCUUCGCGGCGCCCGCCUUGGUCUCGAGCAGAACGCAGCCUACUCGUCAUCAUCGCCGCCGUCGCCCGCGCCGCUCGUCGACUCGACCUGGCCCGCAUAUCUCGCGCAACGCCCAGACUGGCGGCUCCCGAGGGCGGCACAAACGCCGCACCACUACUCGUAG